AUGUUGUUAGGUUGGGGAGAUCAUUGGGACGACUUAUGGCGACUAUCUGUGGCUGGAUUGGAUAUUUGUGAGCCCAUCAAGUGUUUCCGGGGAGUUGUCAUUGUGCCCGAUACUUCUCUGGAGCAGGCAAUGGGCCAAGGUAACUUCGAUGUAGUGGUCCUGCCCGGUGGCUUGGCCGGCAACAAGGCCUUGAUGGGGUCCAGUGCUGUGGGUGAACUUUUACGUCAGCAGGAGUCCCAGGGCGGACUUAUCGCCGCCAUAUGUGCCGCACCCACGGCUCUGGCCAAGCACGAAAUAGCGAAGGGAAAGACCCUGACAUCUCACCCAGAUAUGCGGCGCCAGUUGGAGGAAAAGUAUUGA